ACAAUCUACAGACUUCGUUUGUAUUCUGUAUUUCCUGUAUGUAGAACUUUCGAUCUGGCAUUUAUUUACCACGGGCUAUCAACGAGUAGCUGGGCCUUCAGUUAAUUUAGGUGCGUUAGAAUAUGCCUACAACGAUUAUUAGAAGUAAAGUGAAGUAUAAAAAGAUUUCUGACGAUGAUGGCUACAUUGACGCGCAGUUUAGAAAGCCUCCCCCAAAGGUACCCUGGAAAGCCUUGAUGCUGGCAGUUUUCUUAUUUUCUGUGGGAACUCUCUUACUUGUGUUUGGAUCACUACUUUUCACAGGAUAUUUUGAUGUGAAGUAUGCUGAUCGGACUUAUCCAUUGUUGAUCCUUGGUUCUCUAAUGUUCAUCCCAGGCUUCUAUCAUGUCAGAAUAGCAUACUAUGCAUGGAAAGGUUAUAGGGGAUACUCAUUUGAAGACAUUCCAGACUUUGAUUAAGUGCCAUGCAACAGCUUGCUUUAUCAUAUGCUGUAAAAUAAGAGUGACAGAGAGCCUAGCAGAAAACCAGGGCAUAUUAUUAUACUAGUCAUGUUAUGCAAGGGUAAAGAAAGUGCAUGGCUUAAUAAGGACAAUACUAAAACAUCUUUUGCUGCUAGAAUUAAAAAAUUCUAUAAAAGAAUUUAGCUGAAGAAACAACCUCAUUAUUGAAAGAAGCUUGGAGAGAUCAUAAUGCAAGGUUUUAAUUGAUAACAUGAAGUAUUCUUAUUUAUGAUGUAAAUUACAACUAUCAGUUCACAAACAAAUUUAAUGAAAAACAUAGGGUUUCUUUGCUGACGAUUGAAAGGGUUACACCAAUUUAUGUUUCUGUGUUGAUGGAAACCACUUUUAAGCUCAGCAAUGACAUCAGGAGUUAAAUAAAAUGCAAUAGUUAAUUUUUUCAA